UAGAGCCAACAAUGCGGAUGUGACUUCACCAUAUAGAAGAUUUAUGAACUCUCAGAGACGGAUACAUAAUCCUUCUGAUAAUAAGCUCAAGCUGAAGAGCUAUUCUAACUUGGAAGCUAAUUUUCAUAGAGAGAGAAACCAAUCAAUGGGGAAAGCUAUUAAAAUUACAGAGAGUUUAAAGCAGAAAGACAAGGAGGAAUUCCCAACACCGCAGAAAUACAAAAAGCCAACUAUUUUUGACCCCGAGAAGGCUCAAUUAGUCAAGAAAGGUUAUAGGGAUGGCCACGAGGAUAACCCAAAUAAGAUUAUUAAUAAUAACACAAAGUUCAGAAUCUUUAAUGAAAUUAGUCCUAAAGAUCAUAAAAUUCCUCCCCUUGACAAUCUUAAUGAUAAUCCGAACAAGUGGAAGCCAAGGAUGACUUAUUAUUUUAGAGAGAAUCAAGGAGAUAUCACUCAACCUAUGGAUUAUAAGACAGACAGGAAUUAUGGCUAUACUGGAGUUAAGGAUAAGUCUAGAGAAGCUAGACUUGCUCACUCUAAGAGAAAACUUCAGAAUUACUUAAACCUUGUCAGCACAGAUCCACGACAACUUAAUAAGAAAUACCAAGAGAGAAUGGCAUCCAAGUCAGUUCUGACUAAAUUGAGUGAGCAUGACAAUGAUUCAUAUGCUGUGAGGGAAAUGGCAAGGCAUGGACCAACAAACAAAACAGUUGUUAAAAUGAAUAAGCUAAACAAAGCUUCUGGUUCUGGAACUUUUGGCAAAGCUAAAUAUUCUGUUCCUAGCUAUCCUGUACUAGAUAUUCAAAAGAGAAAGAUUGUUAACAAAGAGUCUAACUUGGAUCUCUCGGAGUCUAGGAGAUAUAACACUUUGGAGAACUCCAACGAAGAAAGAAGGUCUUUUAGUAAUGUAAAUCAAAAUAUAAUCUCGCCAAGUAAUCCAAAUCCUGCCAAAUUUCAGAAUAAUGUAUCAAAACUAGAGCUAAACAACCAUAACAAUUUCGAUAAGGUGGGAAGUGUGACUUACAGAGAUAAUAACUCAAAAGCUGUUUAUCCUUUGAACAAUAAAACAAAUAUAAAGAAACAAAUAACAAGUGUAUUUGAAAGGAAUAAUAAAGUUAUGCAUGAAAAGUUUCCCACGGUUUCCCCUGUCUUUAAGCCAGCUAUUCCAAGAAAGAUAGAGAUUGAGCAUAACCCAUUAAGGAAACUUGAUGCGACUGAUUACUCAAGAACGACAAGGAAGCUGCAACAGCCUAUAAUUUAUAAGAGCACGAGGACCCCUGAGUUUGUAGAUCUACUCUCAAUGAGCAGGAAACUGGAUAUAGCAGCUAAGGUCGGAAAGAAUAGUUAA